UUUCUUUAUUAGCAGCUAACAAAAGUGGGGCAGAGAAAUGAGGAAGCUGAACAUGGACGACUGGCGAAGGAUCUUUCAGGGGCAGAUCCGAGAGGCGAAACCAAACCAUGUCUGGAGCCUGAAGAUGGAUCAGCAGCUCGAUUACAAACGCUUGCAAUCUGGAUGGGCUCAAGCGUUACAGGAACAUGCCCACGCAAGCUUUAGGUGUUCACAAUGCUACCAUAGCUGGGCCUCGCAUCAGGUUGUCAUCCUGUUCCUUAUGUGCCAGGAUCAAUCUUAUCACCAAGGAUGGGUCUGGAUGAAGGUCUUCAGACAGCAAUGUGAUAAGUGUACUCCAGAGAAGUAUGAAGAGCCACAAUUCACUAAGACAGAUGUUGACAACAUCAUAAGACGCUUGAUCCUUGACAUAAGGGAGAAAUGCUACAGAGAGCGUGACGACCGCAGCGAGCUCUCUGAGGUGGUAUGGGAGCACACUGGACCACAUAAACCUCGGUAUUGUGAAGCCUGCAAGCUGGGAAUCCACAAAUGGCGUCGUCAGAGUCCUAAAGCCGCACAGCAUCAUGGGAAGGCCAAAAGCGCAAAGCAUUCUAGGAACACUGAAGAGAAAAAGACAUCGCCUCAGCCACCCACGGACUCCACAAGUCCUGCUAUGUCUUGUGUUGGUUGCUUUUGCCUAAUUGUGAUAUUCAUUUUAAUUUUUAUUGCCUUUCUUAGCUACUGGGUAAGCUAAAGCAAAUUCAAGAAUAUGUUAUCAGAGAUAUGACCUUCUUGCUUGAUAUGCUCUGCUUGUCCAAGUCCCAUAAAUGUUGAACUCUUGUUACAAGCUUUUGUAUCGUCUAAAACUGCACGUGCCAUAAAAACAAUCUUGGAAGGAAA